GCAGCAUGUAGAAUGGAGACGAAGAUAAAGAUAGGUGAAUGAGGAAGAAAAGUCAACCUUAAAUUUGGUGAACCAAGCACAAGCAGAGUUGACGUCGAGGGACAGCUCACUGAGUCCAUCCAGGGAUUUAUAGUGACUUGUGUUUAAGUAGAAACUACUCCAGAUGAAUGCUUUCAGGAGGACUUUGACUUUGGGGUUACUGAUCUCUAUCACUAUUCUGGUGCCGGAUUCAAGUUGUUCAAUUAAGGGUCAUCAUCAGGAGCAAUGGUUUUAUCCAGUGCCAGAGCCAUGGGAUGAUGAGCAUGAGGGGCCACGUUUCUAUCAGGUUAAUGUUACAGAGCCUGUACAGAUGGGUACAAAGGCUCUGUUUGGCUGCCCUCCUGUUCCACUGUCAAAAGUAAUAUUAAUAACAUGGGUAAUAAUCCCCAGAGGCCAGCCUCCUUGCAUAAUAUCCUUCAAAGUAGAAACCAAGGAGACCAAUGAAACCAACUGUGUGGACAGGAGAAUCACCUGGGCCUCCACACCUGACCAGAGUCCUGAUCUUCAGAUCAGUGCAGUGACCCUCGAUCAUGAUGGGCAUUAUUCAUGUCAGAUAACAACAUCUGAUGGGAAUUUCUAUGCAAGAUGGGACCUCCAAGUGCUAGUCCCCCCUGCAGUAACCCUGUCUCCAGGGAAAAGCAGAACUGCAGUUUGUGAGGCAACUGCAGGUAAGCCAGCUGCACAGAUCUCCUGGACUCCAGAUGGGGACUGUAAAACUAUGAAUGAAUCACACAGCAAUGGCACCGUGACUGUCAGGAGCACAUGCCAGUGGGAUCAGAGCAAUGUAUCUGCUGUGUUCUGCAUUGUCACCCAUUCAAAUGGUAGCACGAUUCUGUCCAUAGAACUGAAUCAAGGUGUCACCAGCUCUCUGCAUUCCUUGCUGACCAUUCUCUAUGUGAAACUUUCCCUUUUGGGGAUUAUUUUGCUCUUCAUGGGAUUUGCUUUCUUCCAGAAGAGAAAUUACUUCAGAAAAUGAAAAUCUAGAUUUCUGAAGCCUAUUGGUCUGAUGACACAAUACAAGAAAGCAGCCAUUUGCAGUUACCUUUCUAGUUGACACCCAGCAUACCUGCUCCUAAUGUUUCCAUGUGUGCUACAAGUCCUGUGACAGCUGGCAGUCAUGCAGUAUGAAUACACAGGCAAAAGCUUGGUGCUUACCAUCUCAUGUGCUAUUAAUUACCAUGCACUCUCUCCUGUCUCUGCUUCUCAGGCCAAAGAAGAAGACAGCUUAGCAAAAGAUGAACAAUGCUGGGUGGAUUUCUUCCACCCAAGUCCUCCCAGAAAGGCUUCCAUCAACUUCCUAUUUGUUGGUUCAUUUUACAUGAUCAUAAAUAUUGCACUGUCAGAUACCGUGAGAGCAACACCUUCAAGUCAGCCACUAGCUGGUCUUCUUUCCUUGCUUGCUUGCUACCAAAUAGCUGGACAGUUGCCUUUUAUACUAAAAUUUGAAUACAUGACUAGGAGCCAUGUUUUUUAGUAGUAUCUCUGUACUUUAGUAGAGGUUUAAAGUUGAACCCAGAGAAGGCACUGCCAGUGUCAUGGAGGUAACACUGAAAUCCCCUUACUGUUUAGAGCCCCAGUGUCUCAAUUCCCUUUGCUGUCUGCAUGGUGACUCACAGGGGUUGGGAUGGAUCAGUGAGGGUAAGGGUUAGACACUGGUGAUCCCUAGUAACUGUAAACUAAGACCUUGUCUUCACUUGAUACAGACAGUAAUCCUAUAAUAAAAAUAUAUAUUCUUAGUUAAAAGAACUAUUUCUUGGAUAAAGUAUCAAGUGACUGGUGUAUUUCUUUUAUUUUUAGUAAAAGUCUAUGGAGAAAAUAAAUGCACGAUACUAGGGGAUACCUGGAUGGUAGCCUCAAGUGGUUCUUUAAAGGUUUGAGUCUUGUCUAUUGCACACUCUAAUAUAGUUGAUUGCUGUGGAUAUUGCUCUAUAUAAAUAAAACACUGAUGGCCAGUGACCAGGCAGGAAGUAGGUUGCCAGG